UUUGGUUCAGUCGGCGCUCCGUAUCUCCGGCCGGCCCUCGGCUACAGCGACUGGCUGCUGGCGCUCUGACAUCACACGGGCCAGCUGUUGAUUUGGCUCUGUCUCCAAGGCUGGCUGGCUUGAUGGGUUGUGGCAGGUAGACUUGUGCUCUUCCUCCCUCCCUCCGUCCCUCCCUGCUCUCUCUCUUUGUGACGCCCACUCCUCCCCUCGUUGUCUCCCACUACACUCUCCUCUCCUCCGUCUUCUGCUCGCACUCAGUCGAGCAGGAGUGCAGGAGGCAGCAGGCGGCUGGGAGGCGACUCCAGCCUCCUCUCCAGCAGAUUGCGCCUCCCGUACGAUGGAAACUAAACGGUUGCACGGCAGACGGGAUGGAGGGCAGAGCUGCCGGGCACGCAGGUCGGCAGGGGUCAUGAGGGUGUCGGAGGCCCCGCUCGCUGUGCAGAGCAGCUGAAGCAGACAUGGGCAAAGAAGUCUUGGAGGGCAUCGGAAGGCUCGGCAACAGCUGCAUCCACCACUGGCUACACAACAAGUAGGUUCCCAGUAUUCGCCAGCAUCUCCCAGUAAGACUUUGCAAUGAGAAUGUCCGAUAUUGCGGAUGCUGAAACAAUGAAGGUUCCUGAGGACACCGCGUCACCCGCCAGAGACAACGCCGCCAAGCCCGAGGUUCGCGACCAGAGCCAUGGCAGCCAGGAAGGACAUGGCGGCAACAACAAGAAGGACAUUCAGCCAGUGAAGUACUCCAAGUCCAGUACCAGGCUAAAGCUGGUGCGGAGCCUGGCAGUGUGCGAAGAAUCCUUUCCUCUCCCUAUUCCUGAACCUUCUGCUGCACCUCAGCAGGAUGGACUCCUCCCCCCUCCGGCCUUUGAAAACGAGGAGCGCGGCGCGAAAGACCAAGCCGAGAAAGAAGCCGGCUGCGACAAGGUGGACAAACCGGAGAAGGCGCCGAGAAAAAUGCUCUCAAGAGAUUCUAGUCAGGACUACACUGACUCCACCGGCAUAGACCUCCACGAGUUCCUCGUCAACACGCUGAAGAGCAACCCCAGGGAUCGAAUCAUGCUACUAAAGUUGGAACAGGACAUCUUGGAUUUCAUCAGCAAUAAUGACACCCAGAAGAGAAAGUUCCCCCCCAUGACGUCUUACCACCGGAUGCUGCUGCAUCGCGUAGCUGCCUACUUUGGCAUGGAUCACAACGUGGACCCCAGCGGAAAGUCAGUGGUGAUCAACAAAACCAUCAACACUAGAAUACCCGAUCAGAAAUUCUCGGAGCACAUCAAGGAUGACAGGGCGGACGAUUUUCAGAAACGCUACAUUCUCAAACGAGACAACGCCAGCUUUGAUCGCGACGACAGCACGAUCCGAAUGCGUUUGAAAGCUGACAAGAGGAGCAAAUCGAUGGAGGAGAGGGAGGAGGAGUACCAGCGAGCCAGAGAAAGGAUUUUUGCACAUGAUGGAGAACACUUCCUACUAGACAGAAGCGCACAGGAGGAACACGCGUGCAUGAGCACUCAGCAGAGGCGUCAAAUGUUCAGGUUACGAGCCGGCCAUUCCGGCGCCAGCCGCCAGAGUAGCUCUGAGACGGAGACGCUGCCGCGGCACAGCGAGCCGCGGCCGUGGAGCAGCACCGACAGCUCCGACAGCUCCAACCGGCUCGCCCCGCGGCCCGCCAUCACCAAGGCCAGCAGCUUCAGCGGCAUCUCACCGGGCCUGGUGAGAGGAGACAGCACGGCCAGCAGCAAGAGCACCGGCAAGCUUUCCAAAACAGGUUCUGAAUCCUGCAGCAGCGUCGGCUCCUCCUCCAGCUCUCUCUCUCGCCCCCACCUACCCCUCCAAAUCCCCGCCGCCUCGCGCUCCGUCGUCCCCGGCAACCCCCUGCCCCACCGUGCCAUCGACGCCAGAGUCCCCGGACAUCCCGAGGCGUCGAAGAGCGGCCCGUCCCAGCUGCUGGCGUCCGCCGGCGACGCGAGCGGCUACUACAUGCUGCCGCUGGACGCCGCGGGGAUUCCACCUGGCAGCAUCCUGAUCAACCCGCACACAGGCAAGCCUUUCAUGCACCCGGACGGCAGCACUGUAGUUUAUAACCCGCCUGCAGGCAGGAUCCCACAGCAGGGGAAAACGCCGCUGCAGCCCAUCCCUGCGGUGUCGCAGCAGCCGGCCAAUCACGUUCACUCACAGCCAGUCUAUCCUCCUCUUCAGCCGUCCUCUGAGCCUGUCCACAACCCAACGGUUUCUUAUCCUCUUCAUUCUCCUCUUCCUCCUUCUCAGUUCCUGCCCGUCUGUCCUAACCAACAAUACACUGUGCCCGACGUCCUCAGUGCCCAGUUUGGUCACAUGACGCUGUCGCAGCAGCCAUCGAGCGACGGCGGCGGCAUGUCGGCACCAGACGGCCGCCACUUCCCCUCGCCCUACACCCACCCAUCGGCCGUGGUGCUGCAGGGAGCUCCACCGCCGCAGGUCAGCGGCUACAUGGUGGCAGGACCAUCAGGGGGCCACCCUGGGGUAUUGCAGGGUCAGCACGUCCCGACGGCGCCGGUGCCCAACCACACGUACUCCAAUGCGGGCCCCGCCCCUUUUCCCGUGCUAAAUCAGCCCCUCCUCCAGCAACACGCCUACAUCCAGCAGCCGGUGCAACAGAUGUCCGCGUGUUACUGCUCACCAGCUCACCAUCCUCAGUGCUCCAACCAGCAGCAGCAGCAGCCGCCGCCGCAGUAUCGACCUUCGCUCAACCCACUGACCUAUAACUGCCCUCAGAGCCAAAACCUGCCCCAGCAGCAAGUGCACCAAGCCAUGAUGCCAAACCCGCCGUCCAGCUACCAGACCGUAGUGGGCGUGCAGCCGACUCCCAGCCUCGCUCUCCCUGGCAACCAGCAAAGCAAUAUGGCCAACCAGAUGCAAGGCAUGAUGGUCCAGUACCCUCCAAUCCAGUCUUAUCAGCAGGUUUCUGUUCCGCAGCAGACGUACCAGCAGCCAGUGUUUGUGUCCUGCCAGCCGGGACAGGGGGCGGUGGCUGUGUCCGGCAUGCAGCCCUGCUACGGCCUGCUCCCCACCAACCAGCACACCACCAUGAGCUCCACCGUGAGUUUCCUGCCCGCCCCAAUGAUGGAGCCGCUGCAGUUUCCUCAGAGCUCAUCUCCCUGCGUCUCCCAGCAGCACCCGGGCCAGCAGUACGCAGGGUUGUUGCCAGCGGCGCCCGGCGGCGGCAUGGUGAUGCUGCAAAUGGCCGCUCCUCCCUGCCAGCAGCCCCGGGCCCCGUCCCCCUGCCAGAGGAAACAGUCCAGCCACAAACACUCCGAGCAGCAGCAGCGCGGCCGCAGGCCUUCAGACGUCCCCCACACUCCCGAUAACACCCAGAGCAGCCUGCCUUCGUCUCCGGCGCUCACCCCCUCGCCCUGCCAGCCGCCCCACAUCAAGGCCCUCUCGUCAGGCAUCUCCCCCAUCCCCAUCCUGUCCCACCACCCGCAGCUCCCUACAGCCUUCAUCCACACUGGACAAGGUGAGGUGCAUUACUCUCUCCUGGGUCAGCCUCUGCAGUACAAGCCCUCCAUCAGGCCUCCGCUGCUGCACACUGCGCACAUGGUAGCCAAACACCAGGGUCCUCUGGGAGUUUGGCGUAGCGGUCAUGGGAGGAAGUCCAGCAGAAAGCCUCUAUCUUCAGACCUCAGUGUAUGUAGAGAGGAGAUUUCAGAUGGAACAGAUUCAUUUUUUAAAUGAGCAGCAGUCAGAGCCUGGAAAUGACGCAUCCUCCAGCGGGGAUCGGCUGCACAGACUCCUUCUGGAGGCUCUGUGGAGCAGCGGCAGAUCGAUCCAGCGGCUCAAUGCGAGCGGCGGCGCUCCCGGUGGACAUCCGGCCUCAUCACACCUCGCCUUUGCCAAAACAAAGAAAAACAAAACGCGCCACCUUAAAAACCCUGGCACCGGAUUCAAAGGGUGGGAGCGGCGCGACUCGGACGACGCCGGCCGGCCGCCGCUUGGGUCUUGAGUGCAACUUUAAGGCGCCAACAUGAACCUCUGCUGCCUCAGUUCUGGACCGUCUCUCAGACCCGGUCCAAAUCAAAGUAUCAGAUGUUUGACUUGUGAACAUUCACAUUUAUUUUUGUUUGUUUCAUAGCUUUUUUGUUUCUUUCUGGCAGACGGAUUUGUACAGAGUUCAACAAAUCUGACUUUCUGUUCUAAAACGUUUUUCUUAGAGGAUUUAUUUGCCAGCUCGUGUGCCUCUUGUGAUAGCAGGUAUAGGACUGUGACAGCUCCACGUAGACCAAGGCACACUCACAAAUUAUUUGUUUUUGCCCACUUUUUUUUUAAAUAAAAGGAUUGAAUUUUGUUAAAGGUUACAAAACUAGCUUUUAUCUUCAGUUGAAUACCUGACGCUCUCCCCAGUAACAUCUGUACAAUGUGAAAACACUGAAUAAUAGAGACUACCUGAAUUAUUUAAAGAACCGUCAAACACAGUGAAUGUUGCAUUUGCACUGAAGUAAUCAAAGUGAAAGAUUUGAUUCGUAUCAAAGCCUGGGUUUCUUUUUUUUUCUUUUAUGAUCCUCCCUCCCAUACCUGUUUGUUGCACUCGCCAGGCCACUUUGUUUUAUAUGAUUAAAUUAAAAUUGUUUAAAUGCACAAUUAAAAUGCAAACAGUGUGUCACUCUUGACUUAAUUUGUGAAACAAGAGUUUUUCAUACUUUUUUUUCUGGUUUUGACUUCAAUAAAUGUUUGCACCACACAUAUUGACACUUAAGUCAAUAUGUUUAA